AUGGCUUUCAAGAAUUUGGUUUUCCUUUCCAUGAUGACACUGAUCGCAUCCCUCAUCAUGAGUGCAAGCAAUGCAACUGCUACUAGAAAACUUUCUGCAGGGAUCAAAACGAGCGGUGAAGGAGAAGGGGGCCUAGUGGGAUGCGGAAAUGCGCUGGUGGAGGUGAAAUCUUGCUCACAAGAGAUUGUUGUGUAUUUCCUUAAUGGGAAGGCUGAUAUUGGCACGGACUGUUGCAAAGCCAUCGCCACCGUUACGCGUCAUUGCUGGCCUACAAUGCUUACUUCCCUUGGCUUCACUGAAGAACAAGGUGACAUCUUACGAGGCUACUGCGAUGCUGCGGCUGCUGUGAUUACUACUACUGCUCCUGUUGCUGCGCCACUUGCUCCUAAAACUUCUCUUACUAGUUGUUGA